AUGGAACUCUCGUUCUACGGCCUGGUAAUAUCGACAUUUUUAAUCUCAUGGGGAGCAGCGCAGACAACGACCCAUUUACCUGCACCGCCAACCUAUACGGACGGCAAGUUCACGAACCCGGACACGUCCAAGGCGCAAAUCUUCACCGAUGGCUCCGAGAUGAAUGUGACGUGGACGACCACGUACGAUAGCGUGACGCUGUGGCUCAUCUAUGACGGACAUUAUAAUAAUCCGACCUUGCUCAUCAGUCAGUACACUCACCUUUUUCCCGUCCGUCUUCUUCUCGGACCCGACCCGACCGGACUCAUUGCUGAUGCUGAUUGAUUGAUUGCGCGUAUAGGCGGUACGACGCAAGACUGGUACCUCUGGACCGUCAACGACGACAACAACAACACGCGACCUUUCAGUUUCCGAGCCGUGAGUACGGACGGCACGCAACAGCAGCAGCGACAGGGAGGUUUCUACACGGGUCAAUUCUGGAUCCAAGACUCGAGCAAUCCGGGCAGGGGUUCGAGUGCCACUACCACCACCACCGCCACCACUUCAGCAGCCUCUGUUAUCGGCGCAAGCACCACGCCGCUGUCAGCAUCAGCACUCGGCAAUGCUGCCUCACAGACUGCGAGCUCAACCGCUUCGCCCUCGAGCUCCUCUUCUGCAACUUCGUCCUCUUCGAAUGGAACCGCGAUCGGCGUCGGAGUCGGCGUGGGCGUGGGCGUCGCUCUGCUCAUCAUUGCCGGAUUCGCAUUCUGGUUCAUUCGCCGUAAUAAAGCCAAGAAAGCUGCUGCCGCUGCUGCAGCACCACGGUCAGAUGCGCAUUGGAGCAACACCUACGCUCCUUCCGAAAUGACGCAAGCUGCCUCGCCGCAGCCUUAUCACAGUGGUAUGAAAUCACCUCAGCCGUCGGAAAUGGCUGGAAAUUAUUGGCCUGCGCCAGCGGUAGAAGCCCCGAAUCUGCAAGAGCCAAGGGAGUUGGAGGCGGAUACUUCUGGAGCGGCACUUGCGGGGCCUCCUGCUCCUGGAGAGAAUAAGCCGCCGACGGAGUAUCGAUGA